ACAAAAAAAUCGAAAAGUUGAAUAUUUUUUAAUUUUUAAUAAAAUUAUAAUUGUUUUGUUGAAAAUUACUACUGAGCAUUGAACAAUUCAUUGAUCUAUUCCGAUAUAAUUUCAUCCAAAUUGAUCAUUACCUCGUAAACGCAUGAGCAAUGAGCUGACGUGCUGAAUAAAACCAAUUGAAACAAGUGCUUAUGAGCCUGUCAUAAAAUCCGACCAAUAGGAAAAUGUACACAUCAUUGGAUGUGAGGUGCAGUUCAACUUGAAGUUGUGUGCAAAAAAAUACAGGAGGAAAGUUCUCGUACCCGGCGAUUUUCAAUUAUAUUUUUGAGAGAAAAUUCGAUAUCAGAAUGAAAACGUGAUUUUAAUAGUGGAACGUUUAUCUAUAUUCCCUGUUAGUCUAAUAGUUGAAUUGAUUAUUAUUACCUAUUAAUCUAAGUAUUUAUAAAAUGUCAGCCACAUCGAGAGGUGUAUUUUUGACUGUUAUAGUCAGUUUAGCAGUUUUCUUUCAUCGUACCCAUAAUGUGGAAAGCGUAGCUGUUAUGAGCGUAGAUAUCGGCUUAGAAUGGAUGAAAGUAGCUAUUGUAUCGCCUGGUGUGCCGAUGGAGAUUGCCCUGAAUAAAGAAUCCAAGAGAAAAACUCCGGUAGCUAUAGCGUUUCGUGAUAAUGAAAGGACAUUUGGUGAAGAUGCUUUGAGCGUUGGUGUUCGUUUCCCAUCUUAUUGUUUCACAUAUUUCUUGGAUUUGUUGGGCAAGGAUAUCAAUAACCCUAUUGUUAAACAAUUUCAAGAAAGGUUUCCUCAGUAUGAUUUAAGACCGGACCCCCAUAGAAACACCGUAGUUUUUCAUUAUGACAAUGAAACCGUAUAUAGUCCUGAAGAAUUGGUAGCUAUGUUGUUGAGUAAAGCUCGAGAAUUCGCGAAAGAUUCUGCACGACAACCAAUUAAUGAUGUUGUAUUGACUGUGCCCGGUUAUUUCAAUCAAAUCGAGAGGAAAGCUAUGAUUACCGCCGCUGAAAUGGCCGGAUUAAAAGUUCUUCAAUUGAUCAACGAUUACACUGCUGCUGCGUUGAAUUACGGUAUAUUCAGAAGAAAAGAUUUCAAUGAUACUGCUCAAUACGUCAUGUUAUACGACAUGGGAGCUUCAUCAACCAGCGCUGUUGUUGUUAGCUAUCAAAACGCUAAAACCAAAGAGAAGGGUUUUGUCGAAACAAAUCCUCAGCUUUCUAUCGUAGGAGUUGGAUACGAUCGUACCUUAGGAGGACUCGAAAUGCAACUUCGUUUACGUGAUUUCUUGGCUAAAAAAUUCAACGAACUCAAAAAAACUAACAAAAAUGUUUUCGAACAUCCUAGAGCUAUGGCCAAGCUAUUCAAAGAAGCUGGUCGCCUGAAAAUUAUUCUGAGUGCUAAUGCUGAAUAUUACGCUCAAGUUGAAAAUGUAAUGGAUGAUGUCGAUUUUAAAUUACUUGUAACGCGAGAAGAAUUCGAAAAUUUAUGCGCAGACUUAUUCGCUAGAGUGAAAAGUCCUGUAGAACAGGCCCUUAAAACUUCUCAACUUUCUAUGGACGUUAUUAGUCAAGUAAUUUUAGUCGGUGCCGGUACCCGAGUUCCAGCGGUUCAAGAUCAACUCUCGAACGCCGUGAAAAUCGAACUCAGUAAGAAUUUGAACACUGAUGAAGCUGCCGUCUUAGGUGCUGCAUAUAAAGCUGCAGAUCUGAGCACCGGUUUCAAAGUGAAAAAGUUCAUUACCAAAGAUGCAGUUAUAUUCCCUAUUCAAGUCACAUUCGAAAGAGAGAAGAGCGACGUUGAAAAGGAAUCUAAACAAAUAACUCGAACGCUGUUCAAUCUCAUGAACCCGUAUCCUCAAAAGAAAAUCCUGACUUUCAAUAAACAUCAGAAUGAUUUUGAAUUUCGUGUGCAAUAUGGUGAUCUUGAAUCACUUCUUCCCGAGCAUGAAAUUCAAGCUAUUGGUGGAAAAUCGUUACAUGCUGUGAGAUUGAAUGGGGUUUCGGAAGCUAUCAAAAAACAUCAUGGUGCGAACAUUGAAUCCAAAGGAAUCAAAGCUCAUUUUAAUUUAGAUGAAAGUGGUUUGUUAUCCAUGACUAAUGUUGAAUACAUCGUUGAAAAAACAUUAACUGCUGAAGAAUUGGCCGCCCAAGAAUACGACGAACAGUCCACAUUCUCUAAACUUAGCUCCACCAUUAGUAAAUUAUUCCAUGCCGCUGAAGAAGAACUCAAAGAAAAAGACCCGAAUAUAAAAAUCAUUCAUAAAGAUCCUCCCUCUGGAGAUGAAGGUACCAAGCCUGUGAAAGAAGAACCAGAACCAUCGAAACCGCUUAAUGAAACUGACAAAGCUUCAAAUAAAACCGAAACCGAUGAUGCUAAGAAAGUUAAUGCUACUGUCAAAGAGGAAGCUGAGAAGAAACCCAAAGUAGUCACUUUGAAAGAACCGAUAAACUCCUCCGUCACUCAUUUGGGAGUUAAUCAUUUGAGUGGUGAUCAACUGCAACAAUCCGUUGACAAGAUUAAUGUUCUCGAUGAAUAUGAUCUGAAACGGUCUCGCCGAGAAGGAGCUUUGAAUGCAUUGGAAUCAGCGGUUAUUGACACUCGAAUGAAACUCGAUGAUGCCGAUUUUAUUUCCUAUGCUAAACCUGAAGAGUCUGAGUUGAUUACUACCAAAUCGAAAGAGAUAUCAGAUUGGCUUGAGGAGGAAGGAUAUACCGCAGAUGUUGAUGUCUUGGAGUCUAAACUUUCCGAGUUGAAGAAACUAAUGAAACCUGUAAAAAUACGUCAUAGAGAACAUACUGAGAGACCUGAGGCUUUGAAAGCUCUAGAUCAAACUCUAAACUCAACAACCUUCUUCUUAAACAGCAUUAAGAAUUUCACUCAACAAUUUAACGCUACUUCUGAGGACCCUGCGUAUACGUUGUAUACUACUGUUGAAAUACAAAGCUUGGAAAAAUUGAUAAAUGAUACAAUCGUUUGGAAAGAAACAGCUGUUACUAAACAAUCAACUUUGGCGAAAUCUGAUGACCCAGUUUUUAACGUUAGAACUAUUUCAGAAAAAUCGUUUUCUUUGGACAGAGAAGUAAGAUACUUAGCCAAUAAAUCGAAAAAUUGGCGUCCUCCACCCAGUGAUAAAGGAAGUAAAGAUAAAGAUAAGAAAUCGAAAUCGAAAUCCAAAGGAAAAGAAACCGAAGAAAGUUCUAGUACCCAAGAAGAAAAACCUGUUACAGAAGAUGAAUCCAAUCAAAAACCAAUUCCCGAAAAAAGUGCAGAUACCAAGAAAGAAGAUAAAUCAACAACGAGCAGUGCUGAUAAUAAAGAAGAUCUUCAUGCUGAGCUGUAAUUAUUUCAAGAGACAAACGUUUCUUCUGCGUAUUGAUUUAUGUCACAAUUCGUCCAUUAUUGAAGUGAUCAUUCCAUCAGUUGCGAUGUUGUCGCGAUUUAUUGAAAUAAAUCCUAAAUACAUCCUGAAACAUGCGUAGCAAUGUUAAUGACGUUAUUAAAAAUUUUACAGCCUAAUGUGUGUAUAAUACGUGUUUCGUAAUUAUAACAGCAUUUUUCGACCGGUGUUUCUCAUUAUUUGUGCGUGGAAGUUGGGAAUGAAUUUAUAAUCAUUUGAUCAUUCCUUUUCUAAAUUUACAGGAACCUUUUCAAAAUUGUUUAAUUUAUUUUGUACUCUUAUUUCUGUUAUACUUCUGGUUCCUAUCAAUAUAUUUUGUGAUGUGAUUUAAUUAAUAAAUGUAUCGCAUUAUUAUUAUUUUCUUAGGUCCGAUGCUUAUUCGUAUUAUGUAUGUAUAUAUUCUUCAUCAGCUUGAUGCUAGUGUAAAAUUGUUUUAAAUGUGUUGGUGAAAUAUUAUAGCAGCGAUUAUGUGAAUUUCGCACGAUAUGUUAGUUAAAAUUGUAUACUACCUAUGUUUUAAGAAUUUAAUAUUUGUAAAGAAAUCACCUUUUUCCAUUUAUUCAUGAACUUUUGAAAAGUAGUAUUAUUUUUGUAAUACAUACCUAAAUAUUAUUAUUUGUAAUUUGAAAAAGCGAACUAUGCGCGGAUAAAACGAUGUAAUAGUUACCAAUGAGCAAAAAUUGGGAAUGAACAUCUCGAAUUUUCUUGAUUUACUUUCUAUUGUGAUCUAAAUGUCGUUGAUAAUUUAUUUUCUUGAAAUUAUUUUAAGUAAUUUUUAAAUCGCUGUCGAAUUGUAGCGUUUAAUAUGUUGUGUAAAUUAAAUUUUUUGACAUCUAAA